GAUGGCGGACGACAAACCCGUUGCUAAUCACAACGGUCUAAAUAUAAAUUCCCAUCCUGUUGAAAAUGGGGUAGAAAAUGGUGUUGAUAACGAGAAUGGGAAUUCUAACUUGCUGGACUUUGUAACAAGAAGUUACCACGACCAAAGGGUCUCUGGUGCAGCUGGUGACCUCUCACAGGCUGAUGAAGAAAGGAGAGACAAUUUCUUCCAGCGAGCGAUCAGUGAAAGUCAGAGGAUGAGCGCUGAAGUAGACAGAAGUCAACAGAGACAGGAUGCACUUCAUGCAGAGCUUGGAGCGGCCAACGUACAUGCAUGGACCAUGGAGCACGCAUCCCAAGUUAUUGUGACUCUCCCUGAUCAUUCACAACCUCACCCCUCCAUCCCUGAACUCCAAGAACCAAUGGAGUGUGAGAAAUAGCAACAUAGAUGUGGGAUCCAUUGGCCCAUCAAGUUUUAAUUGUGAGGAACUCAUCUUGUAACUUUUAUCAUCUUUUUGUUACUCACUCACUCACUCACUCACUCAGUCGACCCAAGUUGUCGCGUUGCCGCAUGUUUGAGUCGGGCCUUGUUCACUACUCCUGCAUCCUCGAUCAGGGUCUUGAGCAUGGUGUUGGUGGGUCUUCCGGGGCAACGCCUGCCGUGAGUGGGCUCCAACACCAUGACUUUAUUGGCUGGUAGCUCUGGGUGCUCUGGGUUACUCCCACCCUAAAAAGAUUGCCAGAAGUGGCACUACGUUUUCAAAUUCCCACCAUGUAACAUAGUGUUAGCCAGAGCGGUGUAAGGGUGUUUUUUUGACACCCUAUUUUAAAUUUGGCCAUUCUGUUUUAUCCGUUAGUUACUGACGGAUAAAUGUAUUUAAAGUGAACACUUUGGACACCCAGUUUGUCAAAAUUGUGAAUGUGAAGUGAUGCUUGGCUUCCACCCCCCCCCCCCCCCCAUCAAAUUUGCUUUGGCGGCUAAAACUUACUUAUCGAUGACGAAAUGUAAUUGAGGGAGUGCAGUGUUUGUUUAAUCUUGAAGGGCUCACAAGUUUAUGAUCUAGUAUCGAACAGAUUAAUUUCUUCCCCAUUUGUUGAAAUAAUGUUAUCGUAAUAUCAAGCAAAGUAUAACCCACAAGUUUGUGUUAUCAACUAUUCAAUGAAUGCAAUAUUUACAAACCUUACCAGACCUCAAAAUAACCCACGUCAACCAAAGCAAUUGCUUUGGUGCCCUUUGCAAUGUUCAAAUAUACUGUAAAUUAAAACUUUCCUCCUAGAAGUGCCCCUUUGAGGAAAAUUGCUGUGCCCCUCCAGGAGCAAUACUCAAGGCCUUACUGCCUUACUGCCUUACUGUUGUUUGUUUACAAUAUGAAAAAAAUUGUAAAUAUUUUAUACCAGGUUUUAGUGUGUUUAGUUUAAAACAAAAUGUUGAAGUAUAUCACAAGGAAGCCAAUUUUACAAUUUCUAUUUGGUUUUUAUUUAAUUCAAACAUGAAAUAUGUUUUGAAACAUUUGGUUAAGUACAUAAAUGAAGGCACAUCCUUAUGAAAAAGAGGACGGAUUGUUGAAAUAUUUUCAAUAUUUUAUGUACAUAAAUAAAUAUUUACAUUACUAACUUUACUUUAAAUUGUUGGAGUGGAUGUUAUUGCUUGGACGGCAUUUUGCUACAUUUUAUCACUGACUACCUGAAAAUAACUUAAUACAUGUACAUUCACCAGUAAAUUUUCAAGUAGAGCUUAAAAAAUUCACAUAUUUCCAUUUUAUCCUUAUUCUACAUGUACUACUUAAAGCCAUUAUACACUUUCGGUACAGAAAAGA